AUGGCUAACCCUAAUUACAACUCAAACUUUUUUCACCACAAUGGAUCAUAUCUCAAUUAUUCCAACCUUAACAACCCUAACCAUAAUUACCUUUUUAACCCAUCAACCUCCUCCUCCACCUCAUACAAUCAUCCUUACCAUUCCUUGUUCUACUCACAGUGCCACGUGGCGUCGCCGCCACCGUCGCCGCCGCUCAAAGAGGCUUUGCCCCUCCUCAGCUUCAGCCCAACAAGGCCUAAUAAUAAUACCUCGGAAAAUCAAGAUUCGUCGUCUUUUAAUAAUAAUAGUAAUAGUAAUAAUCAUCGUCGUCGUGAUUACAAUAUUGAUUGUAGUUUUCCUAUGGAGGUGAACCUGAAUUUAGGGCUUUCGACUCCGGCCGGCGGUUUUUGCGAUUCGGCCGACAGUACGACGGCGGGGAAUUACAUCAGUAACAAAGAAGAAGUUACCGUUGCCAACAGCGGUUAUGGUUGUAACAAUAAUAAUUACCCGGCGAGCCCAAUUAACAGAGGACAGUAUUGGAUUCCGACUCCGGCCCAGAUUCUGAUCGGCCCGACCCAGUUCUCUUGCCCGCUUUGCUUCAAGACUUUCAACAGAUACAACAACAUGCAGAUGCACAUGUGGGGCCACGGGUCCCAAUACCGGAAAGGCCCCGAGUCUUUGAGGGGCACGCAGCCGACAGCCAUGCUUCGGCUGCCGUGCUAUUGUUGUGCGGCCGGGUGCCGAAACAACAUCGACCACCCACGGGCCAAGCCAUUGAAGGACUUCCGAACCCUACAGACACACUACAAGCGCAAGCACGGGAUCAAGCCGUUCAUGUGCCGCAAGUGCGGGAAAGCCUUUGCGGUGAGGGGGGAUUGGCGGACCCACGAGAAGAACUGCGGCAAGCUGUGGUACUGCACGUGCGGCUCUGACUUCAAGCACAAGAGGUCGCUCAAGGACCAUAUUAAGGCGUUUGGGGAAGCACAUUCGGCUUGCGGGAUUGAUUGUUUCGAGGCAGAGGAUGACGAGCUCGCCUCCGAAAUCGAGCAGGAUAACGAGUCGUCUCUGGUGUAG